UUUUUUUUUUUUUUUUUUCUUUCUUUUUUUUUUUUUUUUUUUUUUUGACUGCAAUGUGCAUUGUCUUCUUCAAAGCGUGCGCUGGUGGGCCGCAGUGCUGCCGCUUCCGCUUUGUGAUGGCGGCCAAUCGCGACGAGUUCUUCAAUCGCCCAACCGAUCCUGCGCACUUCUGGAAGGAGGCGCCGCAUGUACUCGGCGGGAUCGAUCGAGAGCCAGGGCGCGAGGGCGGAACGUGGCUCGGCACAACCACUGACGGGCGCGUAGCCUUCCUCACAAAUUGCCGCGAAGCAUCGCCGCCUCCAGAGCUCCGCGGCCGUGGUGGGCUGUGCGCCAACUUUCUAGUAGAUCAGCAAGCGUCUCCUGACAAGUUUGCACACUCGCUGGCAUCCGAGCGACACGAGUUUUCGGGAUUCAACUUGGUGGUUGGCGACAUCCAAUCCGGAAACUUCCAAUACGUGUCCAAUCGCGUCAACCAGGAUUAUCAGAGUGUGCAGCCCUGUGUGCUGCAUGGUGUCAGCAACGGAGUACUGGAUGAGCCGUGGCCAAAAGUAACCCGAGGCAAAGCGAACAUCGAUGCUGCCGUCAACCGUGCCAAUGCCGACGCCGAUCAAGUAGCAGCUCACCUGGCCAGUGCCAUGAGAGAUCAACAAAAAUGCUCGGAUGACCAAUUGCCGAAAACGGGUGUGCCAAUCGAAUGGGAACGCAAGCUUUCACCCGUGUUUGUCGAAUUUCCAGAAGCUGCAUACGGGACACGUUCGAUUGCCGUGCAGGUCGUUGAUCACAACGGCCACUCCGUCUUUUAUGAACAUACGCGCGAUUCGGAAACGGGAGAGUGGAAGCAGCAGCGAUUUUCGUUCAGCUUGAAUGACGAGAUGCAUUCCUGAUGUCUAUUCAAUAGUUGUGUGUUGCCGUGCGACACCUCGUUAUUGUUCCAAGAAAACCUCUCAGCAGCAACAAACCAAAC